GAUGGAGAGUAGAGAGAGAAGGGUUGAGAAAAAGUGGGAAAUAACAAAACAAGAUGUCCGUAUCAGCAGUCGAUAAGAGUUUAUCACGCAACGCUCUUAGCAUAUACGUCUGUAAGCUUUCUCUCUCUUUCCGUAAACGCGCAAACAAAACAGCUAAGUGCCGAGGAAACCCCUACUAACCGUUUUACGAGCGUCAGUGUGCUAGUCAGUGGCAAGAAAAAAUGGCGGAUGUCGACUUGAACAUCGACAGCCUCAUACAAAGAUUAUUAGAAGUAAGAGGAUGCAGACCAGGGAAGACAGUAACAAUGUCCGAGGGAGAAGUACGUGGACUUUGUUUAAAGUCCCGUGAGAUUUUUCUUCAACAACCGAUACUACUGGAAUUGGAAGCACCUCUUAAAAUUUGCGGCGACAUUCAUGGCCAAUACACGGAUUUGUUGAGACUAUUCGAGUAUGGUGGAUUCCCACCGGAGGCUAAUUACCUCUUCCUUGGUGAUUAUGUUGAUCGUGGAAAGCAAUCCCUUGAGACGAUAUGUCUCUUGCUGGCUUAUAAAAUCAAAUAUCCGGAGAAUUUCUUCUUACUACGUGGGAACCAUGAAUGCGCCAGCAUUAACAGGAUAUAUGGAUUUUAUGAUGAAUGUAAAAGAAGGUAUAACAUAAAGCUUUGGAAGACAUUUACCGAUUGCUUCAAUUGUCUACCAAUAGCCGCCAUUAUCGACGAGAAGAUCUUUUGUUGUCAUGGUGGCCUCAGCCCAGAUCUUCAGAGUAUGGAGCAGAUCAAAAGGAUCAUGAGACCCACCGAUGUACCUGAUACCGGUCUUCUUUGCGAUCUACUUUGGUCUGACCCUGAUAAAGAUGUUCAGGGUUGGGGAGAAAACGACAGAGGUGUUUCUUUCACCUUUGGUCCAGACGUUGUGUCCAAGUUCUUAAAUCGUCACGAUAUGGAUUUAAUAUGUAGAGCUCAUCAAGUUGUCGAAGAUGGUUACGAAUUCUUUGCUAAAAGACAACUGGUCACUCUCUUUUCUGCUCCUAAUUAUUGUGGAGAGUUUGACAAUGCUGGUGGUAUGAUGAGCGUCGAUGAAACUUUAAUGUGCAGUUUCCAGAUCUUGAAACCUUCAGAGAAGAAAGCAAAGUAUCAAUACGGUGGUAUGAAUACUGGUCAAGCAGGCAGACCAUCUACACCACAAAGAAAUCCAGCGAAAAAGAAAUGACAGCCUUCUGACCCAAAUGAACAAUUAGUAUUCUCUUUAUUGACAGUGCUGAAAGCAUGAAGACGUCGAGCUCGAUCUAAUCUAUCCUAAUCCGUUAAUAUAUAAAAGAUAAAGUGUGCGUAAGACGAUUACUCUUAUUUUUUAUGUUGAUUGCAUCUAAAACGUGAGAUAUUGCGGUUCUAAUUAUUCACAAACAAUAGAAUUUAUUUUUGUUCUUUUUUUUAUUCCUUCUCGUUUCUUCUUCUUCUUUUUUUUUUUUCAUUGAACUAGGCGACGUCUACGGUUCUUUGAAAAAAUAAUUUGCAUUUUUUCCUUAGUAAGAAGAUGAUAGUCCACGAUUGAUAACGGCACAGAGAAAUCUACAUGACACAAUAGAUUGAACUUUAUUGCAAUAACUUUGUUGUUUGUUUUCGAUUAUAUUUAUGGGAGAUAUAAUAAUUCUC